CAGCAAUGGCACUGAUUCUUGAAAAAGAGGGUACGAGACGUUGUGCACUUGAAGGAGGCCAGACAGAAAUAUUCACGCAAAAACGAUUUAUUGACCUGAUAAGUGAGGCCCAUUCGCAGUCGCAGGACUAUUAUCUGGCACGCGUACGGUGUGUGGGCAUGAGAAAGGACAAGGGUGUGAACGUAAGUGGUAUAUAUUUCUGCUACGAUGCAAGGCAGCUGUGCAAAUACGUAUUUGAGAUGGUAAUUGGGCCAAAGGGCCGGAAAAUACAGAUUAAGAAUUUCAAGGACCCGAUUUACAAACGAACUAUUACAGAACUGAGCUUUUUCAGGCUCUGCUAUGAUUCCGAAACACCCUUAAAGGCAGAGUAUAUGGGAUCAUACAGGGAUUUUCUGGACAGCAACUGCUUCAGAACCAAAAUAUUCCACAAGGAGGAUCCUCUUGAUGCGCUGUCGGUCAGUUUCAAGUUCAACAAGAAGAAAAAAAUGCACGCUAUCAGCAGGAAAAAGAUGUUUUCUAUCUUCAUGACACUGGUUUUAAUCCUCUGUGUGGUUUCAAUUCUGGUAGUUAUCGUAGAAAAGGGUCAGUUCAAAUUAAUCGAUGAUUUGCACUUUCAAAACAAAAAAUAGUACCGAGAAGUAGCGCAUCGUCUCUUCAUU